AUGUACUCUUCAUAUUCUCUAUCCGAACGCCUGGUUUUGGUCCAUUUCUUGGCUGUACAACUCCUCCUCAUACGCAGCGUUUCAUCCCUGAACCUUACCAAUGCGUAUUUGCACCACAAAUGCCUUGUCAAUCAAGGGAACUAUAAGCCUGGAAGUGAGUACGAAAAAAACCUCAACUUUCUCAUCCGAAGCAUCUCUACGGAAAAUUUUAAGAGCGGUUUUGAAGGCCUGUCUUUUGGUGAAGGUUCCAGUCGCGUCGCCAUCAGAUUCUUGUGUCGCGGCGACUCCUACGGCUCCAUCUGCUUUCCUUGUUAUGCCACCGCUGUUGCUGGGCUACGUAGGAGAUGUGAGAGAAACAAAGCGGGGAUAAUAUGGUACGACCAAUGUUUUCUCGAGGUUAGUAAUAUCGAAAUCCCAGUUCCAAGGAAGAUCGAUCAAGAGAAUAGUUUCUCAAUGCACAAUCCAAGCAACGUGAACGGGGAUAUACAGUCGUUUAACAAGAAGACGGAAGAUUUCCUCUACAGCUUGAUCCCGAUAGCCACCCGUUCUCCAGGGGCUGGCAACGAACCUAUAUUUUACGCUGCUGGGGAGACGAUGCUAGGGACGAAGAAACUGUAUGCGAUGGUGCAGUGUACGAAAGACAUAGCCGUAUGUAAGGGUUGUUUGGAAUGGAGUAUCGGACAGCUUUCCAAGUGUUGCGUUGGUAAACAAGGAUCUAGAGUUUUGAGUACGACAUGUAAUUUGAGGUAUGAGCUAUACCCUUUUAUGAGGGAGGACUUGAAGCCUGUUUGA